UUGCAAUUCAGGUAGCUGCAGCCUUUCCGACACGCCAUCUGACUGCUUCCCAGCCCCCAUCAAGAGCUGACUCUGAUCCUCCUCUGUCAGCUCCAGCUGCAUGAGCUGCUGGCCAGAGCGGUGUCUGGGUUACAUCUGCCAGCCUGGGGCGUGUGUACCUUCUCUCUGUGUGUCCACCACCUACCAGCCAACUAGCCGCAUCUUCAGCUCCAUGGGUUCCUGCAGUUUGUACUAUGAAAGUGUCUUCAAUAGCAACGAGAAGGAGACCCUGCAGUUCCUGAACAACCGCCUGGCUGCCUACCUGGAGAGGGUGAGGCAGCUGGAGCGUGAGAAUGUGGAGCUGGAGAGACGACUCCAAGAGGCCUGCGACUUUCAAGAGCCCACUGUGGGUCCUAACUACCUGUGUUGUUUCAAGACCAUUGAGGAGCUCCAGCAGAAGAUUCUGUACUCAAAGGCAGAGAAUGCCAGGAUAGUCGUGCAAAUUGACAACACCAAGCUGGCUGCAGAUGACUUUAGGAGCAAGUAUGAGACGGAGCUGGGUUUGCGGCAGCUGGUAGAGGCUGACACCAAUGGCCUGCGCUGGAUCCUGGAUGAGCUGACCCUGUGCAAGGCCGACCUGGAGAUGCAGGUGGAGUCCCUGAAGGAGGAGCUGAUGUGUCUCAAGAAGAACCACGAGGAGGAAGUUGGUGCUCUCCGAUGCCAGCUUGGGGACCGCCUUAACAUUGAGGUUGAUGCUGUGUCCCCAGUGGACUUGAACACGGUGCUGGAAGAGAUGCGAUGUCGGUAUGAGGCUCUGGUGGAGACCAAUCGCAGGGACGUGGAGGAAUGGUUUACCAGGCAGAUGGAAGAGCUUAACCAGCAAGUGGUCACGAGCUCUGAGCAGCUUCAGAGCUACCAGUCAGAUAUCAUUGAUCUGAGACGAACGGUCAACACCCUGGAGAUAGAGCUGCAGACCCAGCACAGCCUGAGAGACUCCCUGGAGAACACCCUGACAGAGACGGAGGCCCGCUACGCCUCCCAGCUGGCCCGGAUGCAGGGCCUGGUCACCAACGUAGAGUCCCAGCUGGCUGAGAUCCGCUGUGACCUGGAGCGGCAGAACCAGGAGUACCGGGUGCUGCUGGAUGUGAGGGCCCGGCUGGAGGCAGAGAUCAACACGUACCGGGGGCUGCUGGACAGUGAGGACUGCAAGUUGCCGUGUAACCCAUGCUCCACUCCCUCCCAGCCCUCCUCCAGUGUACCCCGCACCGUCUGCGUGCCCCGCACCGUCUGUGUGCCUUGUGUGCCCUGCCACCCGAGCUGCCACUGAAAUCCCUCAGCGAUGCUGGAUCCUGAGGGAUGCGAACCGGGUGGCUGGUGCUUCCUGAGGCUGCGCCUGCCUGCAGUUCAGCGGCCACCAAUAGAGCAGGGCCAACCCCUGGGAGCAAGGAAGGCCACUAGCAGUACCAGAAGUGAGCUGUCAGCAACUGCGUUCUGAUACUGCAGGGGGCGCUCUAGCUCCCGCGUCUUAGAAAUGGCUGCUCGUAUUUCUCUCUUCGCGGGUGUUUCUGGCCGUCCGGGCUGCGCUUUGGAGCACUGUUCUUAGUUAGCUAGUAAAUAAAGCCUCAUCCAGGGUCCUGCA